CGGGCCCGGCCCGGCGUGUGCGGCCCGGCGCACUGGGGCUACGUGCUGGGCGGCCGGGGCCGCGGGCACGACGAGUACGAGAAGCGCUACAGCGGCGCCUUCCCGCCGCAGCUGCGCGCCCAGAUGCGCGACCUGGCGCGGGGUAUGUUCGUCUUCGGCUACGACAACUACAUGGCGCACGCCUUUCCCCAGGACGAGCUCAACCCCAUCCACUGCCGCGGCCGGGGGCCCGACCGCGGGGACCCUUCAAAUCUGAACAUCAAUGAUGUCCUAGGGAACUAUUCAUUGACUCUUGUUGAUGCAUUGGAUACACUUGCAAUAAUGGGAAAUUCAUCCGAGUUCCAGAAAGCAGUCAAGUUAGUGAUCAACACAGUUUCAUUUGACAGAGAUUCCACCGUCCAAGUCUUUGAGGCCACAAUAAGGGUCCUAGGAAGCCUCCUUUCUGCCCACAGAAUAAUAACUGACUCCAAGCAGCCCUUUGGUGACAUGACAAUUAAGGAUUAUGAUAAUGAAUUGUUGCACAUGGCUCAUGACCUGGCCGUACGGCUCCUCCCUGCCUUUGAAAACACCAAGACAGGGAUCCCCUAUCCUCGGGUGAAUCUAAAGACAGGCGUUCCUCCUGACAGCAAUAAUGAGACAUGCACGGCAGGGGCUGGCUCCCUCCUGGUGGAAUUCGGGAUUCUGAGCCGACUGCUUGGUGAUUCCACGUUUGAGUGGGUGGCCAGACGAGCAGUGAAAGCCCUUUGGAACCUCAGGAGCAAUGAUACAGGAUUAUUAGGCAAUGUUGUGAACAUUCAGACGGGCCAUUGGGUUGGAAAGCAGAGUGGCUUGGGUGCUGGAUUAGACUCCUUCUAUGAAUACCUCUUGAAAUCUUAUAUUCUCUUUGGAGAAAAAGAAGACCUAGAGAUGUUUAAUGCUGCAUAUCAGAGUAUUCAGAACUACUUAAGAAGAGGCCGGGAAGCCUGUAACGAAGGGGAAGGAGACCCUCCGCUGUAUGUCAACGUGAACAUGUUCAGUGGGCAGCUGAUGAACACUUGGAUUGACUCUCUGCAGGCCUUCUUUCCCGGACUGCAGGUUCUGAUAGGAGACGUGGAAGAUGCCAUCUGCCUCCAUGCCUUUUACUAUGCCAUAUGGAAGCGAUAUGGGGCCCUCCCUGAGAGGUAUAACUGGCAGCUACAGGCUCCUGACGUGCUCUUCUACCCGCUGAGACCAGAAUUAGUGGAAUCGACAUAUCUCCUCUACCAGGCAACCAAGAAUCCCUUCUACCUCCAUGUAGGAAUGGAUAUUCUGCAGAGUCUGGAAAAGUACACAAAAGUCAAGUGUGGGUAUGCCACGCUGCAUCACGUCAUAGACAAAUCCAAAGAGGACCGGAUGGAGAGCUUCUUCCUCAGCGAGACCUGUAAAUACUUGUAUCUGCUAUUUGAUGAGGAGAAUCCAGUCCACAAAUCUGGAACCAGAUACAUGUUUACAACGGAGGGACACAUUGUAUCUGUGGACAAGCAUCUUCGGGAAUCACCCUGGAAGGAAUUCUUUUCUGAAGUGGGAGGGCAGGACCAAGAGGGAGAGUCCAUGCACAGGCCUAAAGCUCACGAGUUAAAAGUCAUCAACUCCAGCUCCAAUUGCAAUCGGGUUCCUGACGAGAGGAGGUACUCCCUGCCCUUAAAGAGCAUCUACAUGCGGCAGAUUGACCAGAUGGUUGGUUUGAUCUGAUCGGCUCUCCUCUGCGUGGCCUCCUCUGAAACUGGACCUAAACAGCUGAGCCCAGGCCAAGAUCCGGUCUCAAGUGGGAGAGGAUGGAAGUCUGGCUGUCCGUGAUGGUGUAGGAAUUUCUGUUUAGCUCCUCACCCACAUCUAGUAGUCAAAUCUUAGAUAAUUUAGUGUUUCUCUUCUGUUCAAAUAAAAUGCCCUGUAUUUCUUAAGGAUAUAAUUUGAAGUGAGAAGGCCCAUAGAAGUUGUCUUCUUGUGACAUGCUGAUGUUAUUAAGCGCAGUGGAUGGGGCAUUCUUGGAUUGAUUUUCACUGCUUCAGACUCUGGAAUCCAGCAGGUCUCUUCCCGUGGCCAGCACUCACUGUGACUGCAGUAUUGCUCCCUCUCUGUGAGGGGAUUGUGAAUGGAAUUUCUGUGCAAAAGAGCCUGAGGUUCACUUGGCAUUCCUCUUUAUUGUGUUUUGUUGUCCGUUCUCUCUCUUGUUGGAUGAUGGGGCUCUCCCCCAGAUAUCCACCCAUGAUUUUUGAUCACAUGGGGAAACAAUCGUCCCGUUACUCACUUGUGCCCCAAGUAAUCUUCACAGUGUUACAGAUUAUUUGCUUAUGAAUAAUGGUUUUAUCCAAAUUCUAACAGGCAGUCUCUUAUGUUGUCACAUCACGGUUUAAGAGGUUAACAGGUAGAUCUUUUGGAUGGUAUUUUACCUUUAUUUGGAACUUACCUGAGGAACGCCACAGUUCCAGAACCAGGUGCCUUUUAGGGAGAGAAAAAUACAUAAGAUUGUCUGAGCUUCCAUCUGUCUCGUAUUUGCUAACCAAGGAUUCUCAAUUCUGACCGUGUUUGGGUUAGAAUUUUGUUUUGUUUUUGUUUCUUGUGACUAGUGCCAAUUAGCUAAGUCAGGGAGAAAGAAAUGAUAGAGGACUUUCUGGCAUCCUUGAGCCAUUUCUCUGUGUAAUACAGGCUUUAGAUGAGUGCCUUAUACGAUUUUGGUUUGAGCCACUGGAUGUGCCAGCUGCUGCUGUGGUCUUAGCAGGCUAGUUUUGUGUUGCCACAUGGUGGCACCACAGUGAAAGGGGGACAAGAUGGGUAUUAGUUAUUAGAUUCUGGAAAUAUCUUGGCCAGUCCUUGCCUUUCAACCUGAUAUUUUAAGCAAGCAUGUAUAAGGAGGAAGUUGUGCUAAAAUGCCUUCUGUGUUUUUUGUUAUUUUCUCAGCCAGAACUGGAGUAUCCCUCUUUGAAAUUGGGCUGAGCACUCAUACAAAGCAGAGGUGGAUUUGAACCCUAGCCUGGCUGCUGUGUAACUUCAGAGGCUGAAAUGAAUCCCAAUAGAAAGGGCAGAAAGUCUCUUAAAAACCACCAACCUCAUUUAUCAUGUUGCUCACCUGUCACUCCUUGCACACUUCAAAUGAUUUCAUUUUAGUCUUUUUAAAACUAGAAGUGCUUUCUAUGCCAUUGCAUUAUCAAACAGGAGAAAUUUUAUUCCUUCUUGAAAAGUUGUGUUGUUCUAUAAAAUAGGUAUAUAAUUCAGUUCUUUGAGAUUUUUUAAAAAAGGGAUUUUCAGUAAUGUGUCACCUCUAUCUUUUAAACAUUUACUAUGCAAAUUGUUUUAAAGUAAAAAAAAGUCAAAUGCUUCUAUUUUACCUUUUUUCUUCAUUUCAGAAGCAUUCUGUUUAUCAACAUUGUCUCAUCUACUGAACAGAGAAUUUUCUG